CAGGCAGUCGUCCUUGUGAUGCGUCAGGAUGCAGACCAUUCAGACAGUGGAGACACAGGUGCCUUUCCUCAAGGAAAGCUUUUUCACCUCCACCUUCAUGGACAGGAGGAAGAGCAGCGUGACUAACCUCCUCCGGAGGCAGCAGCAGCACUCCCUCCUGCAUCACCAACAGCAGCAACAGCAGCUGGCGCUCCGGCAACAGCAACAACAGAAGCAAAAGCAUCCACUUCCUGCUUUUGAGGGAGACACCGGGAAGGGGGAGGAGCCUCGCAUUGAGCACGCCCGUCUGAGUCGCUCAGCCAGCAGCCCGUUAUGUAACACCGCCGAGCGAGCAGAUGGAGGGAGGAGGGAGGGACACAGAGCGAGAGAGAAACCGGAGGAGGGUGAGGGAGAGGGAGCGUGUCCCAGCCUCCCCUCAGCAGCAGCAUCAUCCUCACAGCUGCCUCCGACGCCGGUGAGCAGGCAGGGAUUAGAGAGCUCCGCGAGGCGCCGAGCCAGCCAGGCAGCAUCCCAGGGAGAGAGCGAGGCCAGGCCCCAGCAGCAUGGCCUGAUCGCUAAGGGGGUGCGUCUGCUCAAGAACAUGGGGAACCAGGAGGCCAAGCAGAGGAAGGCGGCAGGGGGGGGAGGGGGGGAGGCCUCCCACGAGGUGAGGGCCGAGGACAGAGAACCGGAUGCCUCCAAGAAGCCGAAGAAGACCCAGAGCAAAACGAGCAAAGGUGGAGGCGACGGGGGAAAGAAGAAAUCCAAAUCGGAGUCUAAAAGCUCCGUGUUCUCCUCCAUGAGGAUCCGGAAAAGUCUGUCCAAGACCAAGGGGAUGUCCAAGGAGGACAUGCUGGAUGGGAGCAGAGGGGCUAGGGUGGAGGAGGUGGGGGUGACGACCACCAUGGACGCCAGUCUCUCAGCGGACGAGCUGGGGAUGAUGUCUGACAGUGAGCCCGACCAGGGUGGUCUCUCCGGGGGAGAUGUGAUGGACGAGGAGGGCGGGAGAACCAGCUCAGGGUCAGACGGCGACCUGUACAGCUUCCACUCCGCUGCAGCUGAGCAUGAAGACCUGCUGUCAGACAUCCGGCAGGCCAUCAAGGAGCAGCAGGGGGCCAGUGACGGGGUCCUGGACGGAAUCCAAGACCACUUAACCGAGGGGACACCUCCUACUGAGGAUGCCAAACCCACACGCCCCGACAGCACUGACCAACAGACGCUCAGAGCCAGUCUCACCCCAGGAAGUACUGACAUACCUGCUUGCGCGAACGCGACAGUAAAAGACCUCAGCGUCCCACGUGAGGCAGGGGGGAGGGAGUCUGAGCCCGACCCAGAUGAUGAGCUGGAUGUGGGGUCCUCCGGCGGGAGCGGGUCCCCGUCCUGGGCCCCGGACCUGGAAGACAGGAGCAGCGACAGCCUCCUCCCCAAGACCACCAGCACCUGCAGCUUCCCAGACACCACGGCCACUUCCUGCUCCUACGAGAGCGCCGAGGAGCCCCAGGACGAGCCGGAGAGCCCGGUCCGGUCCGCCCAGUUGACCCGGAGCCUGAGUGGGGGAGGGGUCGUCGGGGCUCCCGAGGAGGAACGGGGGCUCGUCGCGGGGGUCAGGUGCAUCAGGUUGCCGGCCGCGGCGGGCUCGCACAAAAGCGUGAGCAGCGUGGAUCUGUCUUCGGAGAGGGGGGAUGAGGAACAGGAUGUCAGCGGGAGGGACUUCCUGUCCCUCAGUAGGAGGAAGAGCAGCAUGUCCGUGUGUCAGCUGACCUCGGACGGCGAGCAGGUGGCACGACCCAAGAGACGGACCUCUGGCGUCUCUACCGUCAAACUCUACCCCCCCAUCCACCCCUCCUACGUCAAGACCACCACCCGGCAGCUCACCUCCCCCACCAGCUCCCCCAACCAGAGCCCUAUGAUCCCCCGGCGGAUGGACUCCGGCCCUGGGUCCGGGUACGGAGCCUCGAGGGCCCAGGGCUGGAGGGGGACCAGGCAGAGGUCUUGCAGCAUCGCAGGGCCUCUCAGUCACUCUACCGACUGGACCCAGGAGCUGGACUGUCUGAGUGCCAGGCAGGAAGCUGGAGGGGACCUCCAGGAGCAGGAGAACAUAGAGAGAGGGUUACCAGGGGCCAGCUGGAGUACGGGUCACAGACGACCCACCUCAGGUGUCCUCUCUCCCCCCCCAGGACCAUGUGACGUCUUCUCAGGCCGCACCCUGUUGGAGAGGUUGUGUCAGCAGAAGGUAGAAAGCUCAUUGGAGGAGGCAGAGGGUUUGUGUUCCAGUCUGCUAGCUCUAGGACUCCUACAGCCCCUCAGUGACAGCUUCAGAGAACGCCAUGGAGACCAACGCCAUGGAGACCAACGCCAUGGAGACGCUACCUUCCCGGCCUCGGCCAGCUUCAACGUGGAGCAGCUGUACACCUGGGCAUCAUUCAGCCCUCUGCCUCACCUCUGUGGAGCUCACGAGGGCCACUUGCCGAGUCAUGUCCAGGCUUCAUGGCGUCCGACCCAGCACACUGGUCCCCCAAGACCAUAUGGAAUACAAUCUGAGGCUGAGGCGGUUGUGAAGCCAGCAGAGCCCUGGCAGGAAGGAGACACCAUGGUGCCCCAGCUGGAGCAGACCAUAGAGGACCUGAGGGUCCAGAUCGCAGCCCUGGAGCACCAGCAGGGCGCCGUACAGAAGCUUGCCCAGGAAGGGCAGGACGCUGUGGGCCUGGGGAGAGGUGGAGCGGGGAGGAAGGGUCUGGAGGUGUCCGUACAGACUUCCCCCGUGGAGGAAGGCUUUAGGUUCAAAGUGCCUUUCAGAGAGGGGACUUCCAUGGCCUCGUCUGCCUCUGUCUCAGCCCUGGCCUCCUCUGCUCCCAGCCUGGGACCUGGACCAGGGUUCGUCUGCACCUGCCAGCUGAAGCAAAGCGGGACCCGGCCUCCCCCCCCGCCCCCGCCUCCCCCCCCUCCACCUCCGCUACCCGGGGGAGAGCCUUGCCCUCCCCCAUCACCUCCCCCCCUGCCGGGCGGAGCUCCGCCCCCUCCCCCUCCCCCACCCCUCCCUGGACAGGGCCCUUGCCCCCCACCUCCGCCCCCACCCCCGCCUGGCUUUGGACCUCCACCCCCCCCUCCUCCUCCAGGAAUGGGCCCUCCCCCUCCCCCUCCCCCACCCCUCCCUGGACAGGGCCCUUGCCCCCCACCUCCGCCCCCACCCCCGCCUGGCUUUGGACCUCCACCCCCCCCUCCUCCUCCAGGAAUGGGUCCUCCGCCUCCCCCUCCACCCCCAGGCUUUGGCCCCCCACCUCCAGCUGGAGGUCCUGUCCUCUCCAUGGUCCAGGACUCGGGUCCCCUGAAGGCCUCCAUCGAGCCCCCUAAACCCAUGAAGCCCCUGUACUGGACCAGGAUUCAGCUGGAUGCUAAAAAGGAGUCGAGUGGCUCUCUGGUGUGGGAGAAGAUCGAAGAGCCUUCGGUGGACUUUAAUGAGUUUGUGGAGCUGUUCUCCAAGAGCGCCGUCAAGGAGAAGAAGAAGCCCAUUUCCGACACCAUCUCCAAGUCCAAGGCCAAACAGGUUGUGAAACUGUUGAACAACAAGCGUUCCCAGGCAGUGGGGAUCCUAAUGUCCAGUAUUCAUCUGGACAUGAAGGACAUCCAGAACGCUAUCCUGAACAUGGACAACACUGUGGUGGAUCUGGAGACCUUGCAGGCUCUGUACGAAAACGUAAGUGUGACGUCUGGUGACUGACUAGACUAACCCCUACCCUUCCCCUGAGACGUGGAAGCCAUGAUGACG